CCAAUUUAAACCCAAACCACAUCACUUUCUAAACGGCGUCGUAAGUCGUAACACAAAGUCACAAACUCACAAACAACAAUUUUCAUUUCUCUUUCCUCUUUACAAGAUCAAAAACCUGAAAUUAUCAGUUAGAGUCAAUUUAGCUCCCAAAUUUCCCAGCAUUUAUCACACUCAACCUUCAAAUUCAUCAUCCAAAAUUGAAGAAAAAUCUCUACAUUUUUCCAGAAUUACUUAAUCAAAUUCGAAAUUCGAUCUCGAUAAAUUCAAAUUAAUUGUAGAAAAAUGGCGGCAGAUGAUGCGCCAUUGGACGAUAAAGCGAAGAGAAUGAGAGAUCUGUUAUCUAGCUUUUAUUCAACGGAUCAAUCUUCAGUAACUAAUUCAAAUGCAGUUUCUUCAAAGUAUGCUACACUUGAUACCAUUAAUUCACCUUCGUUUGAUCCUGACCACUAUAUGAAUCUCUUGGUGCAAAAGUCCAACUUAGAGACACUACUUCAACGACAUGUCGAAAUGGCAGCUGAGAUAAAAAAUCUGGACACUGAUUUGCAAAUGUUAGUGUAUGAGAACUACAACAAGUUUAUUAGUGCCACAGAGACAAUAAAAAGGAUGAAUAGCAAUAUUGUGGGCAUGGAAACAAAUAUGGAACAACUACUUGAGAAGAUAUUAUCCGUGCAAUCUAGGAGUGAUGGGGUCAACACUUCACUUUUUGAGAAAAGAGAACAUAUAGAAAAGCUGCACCGCACUCGAAAUCUUCUACGCAAAAUCCAGUUCAUAUAUGAUUUACCUGAAAGGCUCGGGAAGUGCAUUAAAUCCGAAGCUUAUACUGAUGCAGUCAAGUUCUACACUGGAGCAAUGCCUAUCUUCAAGGCAUAUGGAGACUCAUCAUUCCAAGAUUGUAAGAAAGCAUCUGAAGAGGCAGUGAGCAUCAUAAUUAAGAAUCUACAGGGAAAGCUGUUUUCAGAUUCGGAAUCCAUCCAAGUUAGAGCUGAGGCUGUAAUGCUUCUCAAGCAGCUAGAUUUCCCGGUGGACAACCUAAAAGACCAAUUAUUUGAAAAGUUGGAGCAAUCUCUUGGUGACGUGCAACUCCACCUUGAUGGAAAAAUUGGUUUUUCUGCAAAACCAGAUGAUUCUGCAAAACAAGAAUUACCUAAUCACAUCCCUGCUGCUCAUGAGGUUUCAACUCGUGAGUUGGUGGAGGCUGUGCGUGCUUACCGAGUUAUAUUUCCCAAUUCAGAGCAGCAACUUAUUAGAAUCUCUCAUGAUCUUGUUAUCAAACACUUUGAAUCCGUUGAUACACACAUAAAGAGUCAAAUUUCUUCAGCACAGUUGUUGGACUUGCUCAAACUUGUUUGGGCUGAUGUGCUUAUGAUGGAUGAAGUACUACCUGAAGCAUCUGUUGCUGAUGUUUGUUUGGAGGCUGCCAACCAUGCCGUCAAGCAGUAUAUUACUGGCGCCUUCUCUCAUCUUUUGCAGGAUAUAUCUGAUUCACUGAUGAAAAUUCAAAUUAACCAAAAGGAAACUGUGAAAGAAGAGCAUCCUUUGCAGGCUAUACUGGAGGCCAGCAAGAAGGCAGUCAUACAGGGGAGCAUGGGUGUCUUGUUGGACUUCCGCCAACUCCUGGAUGACAGCCUGCCACUGCUAAAUAGCCUGAGAGAUUUGGUCAUUGAUUGGGUUCAAGAAGGAUUUCAAGCCUUCUUCAGAACACUGUAUAAUCGCUUUCUAUUGCUUUCGGGAAAAAACAAUCCUACUAGUCAAGAUCUAGUUUUCCAUGAUAGCAUGCAAGGAGACAAGACUGUUGCGGGUCUUGUUCUUGUUCUGGCUCAGCUCUCGGUUUUCAUAGAUCAAAAUGCCAUCCCAAGAAUCACUGAGGAAAUUGCAACUUCAUUUUCUAGCGGUGGUGUUCGGGGGUAUGAGAGUGGCCCUGCAUUUGUUCCUGCAGAAAUUUGCCGAAUAUAUCGAUCAGCUGCUGAAAAAUUUCUGCACCUUUAUAUAAACAUGAAAACACAGAGAGUUUCCGUUCUCCUGAAAAAGCGGUUUACCACACCCAAUUGGAUCAAGCACAAGGAGCCCAGAGAAGUGCAUAUGUUUGUUGAUUUAUUUCUUCAAGAGUUGGAAGGAGUGCUUUCUGAAGUGAAACAACUAUUACCUGAGGGGCCUACUCGUAAACAUCGCCGUGCUGAUAGCAUGAGCAAUGGCAGCACAACUUCUUCACGUAGCAAUCCGUUGCGUGAUGACAGGCUGCUAGCUCGGUCCAACACUCAAAAGGCGAGGAGUCAGCUGCUUGAGACCCAUUUAGCCAAAUUAUUCAAACAGAAAAUGGAAAUAUUCACCAAAGUUGAUGCCACACAGGAUUCUGUCCUCACCACAAUAGUGAAGCUUUGCCUGAAAAGUCUGCAGGAAUUUGUCCGAUUGCAGACUUUCAAUCGGAGUGGAUUUCAGCAGAUCCAGUUGGACACACAGUUCUUAAGGAAUUCUAUAAAGGAUAGUGUGGAAGAUGAAGCUGCUGUUGACUUUUUACUCGAUGAGGUAAUUGUUGCUGCUGUAGACCGUUGUAUGGAUCCAACUCCUUUAGAGCCUGCUGUUUUAGACAGACUUGUACAAGUAAAGUUGGAAAAACCCAAGCAACAAACAUCUACCAGUCAAUGAUUUUGAACUCUCUUUUGUAGCAAUUGAUACAUGUAAAGACUCUUUUAUUGAUCUCCCAUAUAUACGAGAACAGUGCAUCAUCAAGGAUCAAAUUUGUAAUGUUGUCAAUACCAAGAUAUCAGAUUUUGUAAUGCAAUCUUGGUCUGGUUGGACAUUGUUAUCAGCUUGAACAGCAUUAUCUUUUGGCUGGUAACUAAGGUUUUAAAGUAUAUGUAAACCUUAAAUAGAAAGGACCAGUUGUUCUUCUA